GGUAGUGCGUCCCGCCCCGCCCCGCCGCGGCGCGCGCGGGCAGCAGCGCCCCCGCUCCCCGCCGGUGCCCGGUGCCGCGGCCCGGCAUGGCCCCGCCGCUGCUCGCCGCCGCCUGCCUGGCCUGCACCCUCGCCAUGUUCGGGACCGGCCUGUCCGACCUGCGCCAGAUGUUGGCGACCAAGAGCGUGGAGAACAUCCAGUUCCUGCCCUUCCUCACCACCGAUGUCAACAACCUGAGCUGGCUGGGCUACGGCUGCCUGAAGCAGGACUGGACGCUGAUCACCGUCAACACCAUCGGGGCGACCCUGCAGACCCUCUACAUCCUGGCAUACCUCUACUACAGCCCCGCGAAGCGCCCCGUGCUGCUGCAGAGCCUGCUUCUCCUGGCUGUGCUGGCCGCUGGCUAUGGCUACUUCACCGUCCUGAUUGCUGAUGUGCGGACGCGCCUGGCACGCCUGGGGCUCUUCUGCAGCGUCUUCACCAUCAGCAUGUAUCUCUCACCGCUGGCAGACCUGGCCAAGAUUAUCCGGACCAAGUCGACGUGCUGCCUGUCCUUCCCCCUGACUGUCACCACCUUCCUGGCCUCCACCAGCUGGACACUGUACGGCCUGCAGCUCCACGACCCCUACAUCACGGUCCCGAACGUGCCAGGCAUCGUCACCAGUGUCAUGCGGUUCUGGCUUUUCUGGCGGUACCCGCCAGGCCGGGACAAGUCCUACAGACCCCUGCACACCUGAGGGGUCUCUACCAGCCCCCACCCCACCCCAAGGAAGGUGCCCACCUGCUUGUGGACCAAUGAAGGAUUCCCUCAGCACCUAACGCCCCUUCCUCACCAGUCUGCUCCAGUGUGGACUGGCCCCAGCCGCCGAGCCCCAGGUGAUACCACAGUGCUGCCAUUCUCCUCCCACUCCCGGCAGAGCCGGGGCCCCAGGGGGGCACCUCCUGCCUCUGCUGCUGUGGUCCACCCUUGCUGGUGCCCCUCCAGCCCUUGGUCCUUUGGUGGUGGUUGGUUUGGUCUCAGUAAUGCCUUCAGGGUGCUGGGAGACCCUCCCCCAAGUCCCCAGGCACCCCACCUGUCCCUGGGGACCCCAGAUGGUCUUCCAUUCCCAUGGCUCUGCCCCAGCGCUGGGCUGGGGCUGCCAGGCAGCCCUGCAUCUCUUUUGUAUGAAUUUAAGUGCCUUUUAAUAAAUCAGAGACUCUUGCA